AUGCCGCCGCAGAAGGACGCUUUCGUGGAGGACAUUACGCAGGUUGCCCGCGACAGAAACAUGGGCCGGGACUUGGCAGCGGGUUCGGUGCGCUACAUAGACGCAGCAGCCAUGGUCUUGUUCGGCCUUGGCAUGGACAGCGGCGCCGCCCCCCACAUGACCAUCGGGAAGACUUCCAAUCGGAUCAAGAAGUUUGUUGCUGAACUGCCUGCCACAGAUGGCGCGCCCCACUUCAACGGCGACGGCAAGUUUGCAUUGGCGUUGCUCCCCCGCGUGUUCGGGGACGGCGCGCUGCCCGCAGCUGGAGGACGUGGCGCGCUGGAGGACAGGCACGGUGGCGAUGAUGACUCCGCAGGUGGCGCUGAGUUGGGGCCCGCCCAGGCCAUUGGACAGCAACGCGGGGUUGCCUUGGCCGCGGUGCCCCAUGAUGGCGCCGCGGCGCCAAGCCAAUCGCCUUUGGCACUGGCACCGCGCGACUACAGCAGCCUGGAUAGGUCAGAGAUGGUCGCUGCCUUGCACGCAAAGGACGUGACCAUCGAACAGUCGGCCGCCCAGCUACGCCAGUCCGCCAUUGACCUGAGAAACAUGCAAAGAUCGCGUGACACUUGGAAGGACAAGGCGCUGGCCUUGAGGGCGGAGAAAGAGAUGCUUCAGAUGGAGCAGAGCGCCCUCGUCGCGGCGGUCCGCUACCGAUCGGGCGCGCGGGCUCACGUCUCCAUUCAAGGCGGCUACGUGCUAGCCCUCCGCAGGAACAUGGGGCACGCUGGUGGGAAGCUGGCGGCCGCCAUGGUUGCAGGCGACGACCUCCACGGGGAGGUCCGCGAUCCUCGCACGGUCUGGCGCUACGAGCACCGAGCCGCAGCAAUCGUGAGGAUGUUGGCGAAGGAGGUCGCCCGCGGGGGCGCCUUGCCCGCCGCUGAAAUCUUCACGAUUCGCUGCGACGCCACGAAUCAGGACACGAUUGAAAAGGCGAAGGUGCACAUGUCCCUGCUCGAGGUCGUGCGCGCAGACUCGCUUCCAGCGUCUCCCGAGGAAGUCAGGGGCUUCAGCUCGCGCGUGGCCAGGAAGAGCGUGCCAGGCGACAUUCAGAAAGUGUACCUUGGAACGGCGCAGGAGACCUACAGCAUGGUGGUCGCCGAAAUGACGUCGGUGGGCUUCCCCACGUGGGAAGAGAGGGCGCGCGCGAGGCAGGGCGCAGACGCCACGCCUGGACUAUCGACAUACAUUUUCGGCGUGGACGCGGGGCCAGACAACGUGGGAAUGGCCCCGCUCCUCAGGGCUAGUCUGUCGGCGGCGCCCACUGUGAGCUUCCUGAUAACGUUCUGUUUUGCACGCCCGUUCCACCUGAUCGCGCACAAUGCCGCGCGCUUGUUUGAAGAGUUCGUUUGGGAAGACCCAGGGUUGCAGGUCGUGCUAGCGCCUGCCAGUGAGGCCGGCGCGCCAGUUCAAGCUGGCGGCGCAGUGCCGAGCGGCCCGAAGUACUGGUCCAGAUGCGCGACAGUCGCCAACGUCUGGCGUUCACCAGGCGUAGCACAGAAGCUGCGGAACGCUGCCGAUGGAUUGUUCGACGCAGCGGCGUCGGCCGCGCACUUCAGCAAAAUACCAGGCCGCCCUCUCCGCGGGAGGUGGGGGCGCAUUGAUUCAAUAGAAUCAGUGUUGGUUCGCGGCCGCGCAGUCUUGGGGCCAGUCUUCAGCGCCGUCUUCCAGAACGUUGUCGAGAAGAAGCGCAAGGCGCCGCGCGUCGGCACAGAGGAGGAUGAGCGGUUCAAGACUGACCAGAAAAACUACCGCUACACCGCUGUGACGAGCGUUAAUGACCAGGCGUUCUUGGCCACUGUAGUUAUUGCCAACGUAGCCAAGCGCCCGCUCAUGGGUUUCUAUCAUUGGCUCCAGAAGCGGGAACACAACAAGACCGUGGCGGCCAACGCGUCCAAUGGCAUUACGUAUGUCGGCCCGACGCCAAUGAGUCUGAUGGUUGCUGGCCGCGCCGAAGGAGUUAUGAACGAGAUUGGUGAGCUGCUUGCCCCGACUGCGCCAGACGACGAAGGAGUCUGGGGGCCUCUGUGGCCCAUGCUUGGGGGCAGGUCCGUCAGAGUGGAAAAGGCAGCGGAGGCCAUCGUAGCGUCGGUCUUGAUUGUGGGAUGCGGAUGGGCGUUCCGAUUUAUUCGGCGACUGGCAGACUUCCCAUAUCUGUGGCUCAUGUUUGCCGAAGAGCCAGCCGAUCAAGAUUGCCCGAUGCGCCGCAGGCUUGCGACCGAGCUGGUGGACAGACUUGACCAUCGGGCGUGUUGCUUGCAGUGGCACUUCGGGGACAUGAGUGCCAAGUGGGCGGCGCACUUCCGACCGCAGUUGGAAACGGCCAAGGCGACGGGCACGUGCCCAGCAGACUUGUACGCCGCGACGUUGAUGCUGAGACGCGCGUGGCCCAUCGACACACAAGAGAUAGAGGGCAUGAAUUCCAUAUUGCAGACGACGGUCGCCCGAGCCCCGUUUCUGCACACGCCGCUCGCAAGUGACAGGAUGCAGCUCAAGAAAGGCGAUGGAGUGACGGCGACUGAGUGCAUCACCAACCACAAGCGGGGACUGCAGUCAAUGGUGGCCGAGCAGGCGCUCUGCCGUUUCAGCGGGCCUGUGGUCGACGUGAGCCCACCUCCAGCUCGCCCCGUCCAGUGCGCUCACAAGCGCUGCCCGUCUAUGAUAAUGCCGAUACGGCACGCUUUGGCCGUGUACAGGCGGCGCGAACAAGGCGUGCAGUGCGUCUGGGACGGCCCUGAAGGUUUGCCGCCGUUUGUGGCCCCGUGGGCGAUCGGCGCGGAGCUUUGGGCGUGCAAGGGUGAGUUUGUGGAUUUGGAUGGCCACGUCAUCUUCAAGCUGACGGCGCCAAUUCACCCAAUGCCUUUGUUCGAAGCGUUCCACGAGCACGCAGGGGGUGCCGACGCAGGAGGCGACCGCGAGACGCGGGACACCGCAGUUCUCCGAUUGCGGCGCCAGCGGCUGCUUUGGGGCAGAGCGUUGCGCGCGCGUGUCUUGGGCGAGUCCGCGACCGCCGUCGGCCUUGACCCUGCGCCGCCGCCGAGGCCGAAGAGACCCAGGCCAGAUGCGUCGGGCGGGGGCGGCAGCGACGGCAGCGACGGCGGCGCUGGCGGCGGCGCCCCCGCGGCGCCAGCGCCCAUGGGCGACGCCAGCCCCGAUGGCGACGACAACCUCAGCGAGGGCGACGACGGGGACUUGGAACGCCAUCUAGAGCGGCUGAUGGAGGAGGCCGAGGCGGCGGAGAUGGAAAAGGCAUCCGCGGACGAGGAAGAGUUGGCCAUGCGCUUGCCGGCCGCUGAUGCAGAGCUUGCUGAAGCGCGGCUUCUGGACCCAGACGGGCAGGACGAUGUUGAAGAAGACGAUGGCCUCUUUGAGGGCGGCGCCGCAGCUGCGCCUGAAGACGGCGCUGACGCUUUGCUUCCAGAAGGCAGGGAUGCUGAUGGCUUGUUGCGCCCGCCCGCCGCCUCGAUGCGGGGCGAGCUGAUUGACGGUGGCGUAGAGAGGGCAGUUCCACUCGCUGAUAGGAGCCGAAUGGCCAAGGAGCGGCGAGACGCCAUCACGGAGGCGCUAAGAGCGGCCGCCGCCCAGUCGAUUGCAACGCACCCCACGACCCAUGGAGUGAUCUCGCUCGUGAAGACCACGGACAACGCUUUCUUUAUCAGGUGGGACGCAGUGGUGGGCCAGGGUCGCGAGAUUGCGUUGGACCACCUCAACAGGGUCAAAACACUUGUCUUCUUCCAGGCGGAAAAGAUCAGCAUGGCCGACACCCCGAUGGAGAUCAUCAUUCGGGACACUGGCGUCCGCAUGAUCAAAACCACUGGGGGCAAAGCGGAACGCCCCCUGAUGCUUGAGUGGUGCUUGCGUUUGAAGGACCACGCCGGAGUAACCAUGUUCUGCGGCCCCCGUCCUGCAGAGCUUAGCUUCGGAGGAUGCGUCAUGUGCAAGGGCGCGCUGAAGGAUGCGUACAACAAGCCCCCCUGGAACGACCACUUCGUUUGCACAGUGUGCCACAGCGCAUACCACUACGCAUGCGCAGCGGUAGACCUGGACGGAGCAGACUUUGGUGCGUUCGUUUGCAUCGCGUGCUCCCGCAGGUAG